CGUACGUCAUCCGCACAGGCAUCAGACUGCCACCCAUUCUGGCAAUACACAAUUCCGAGAAGGAAGAAGCCCGAUAAAUACAGUUUUUACACCUCAAGUAAAGUUCGGGAUAAGAAGCCAUUUCUGAUUAACAAGGGGAUAUUAGGUCUGCGGCUAUGUCCAAAAAUUUGUGCUGCAGCAUCUGCUUGGAUCAGUUCAAGGUUCCAGUGACUAUUCCAUGUGGUCACACCUUCUGUCAGAAAUGCAUCACAGUUCAUUGGGACAAGAUGACUGAAACCAAUAUGGAUAUAAAGUGUCCAAUAUGCAAUGAAAAGUUUGACCCCAGACCCACGCUGAAGCGAAAUGUGACCCUGUCUGAUGUGACAGAGACGAUACAGUUAGGUACAGAGAGCCAGGGUGCCACCACAGUACACAGGCAGAGCGCCAUGACAGCGCAAGCCCAGGUACUCUGUGACCGACACAAGAAGGCCCUGGUCUACUACUGCAAAACGGACAGCAUGUGUGUGUGCUGUGAAUGUGCAAUCAGAGAGUGCAGAAACCAUGAGCAAGUCCUGAUGGAGGAAGAAAAGCAGCGGCGGGAGGAAGGGCUGAAGAAGAAGAGCAGAGAGGUGGAUAAAAUCAAGGAGGACACAGAGAAGAAGGUCCAAGAGCUCUCUGAGAAUAUUAACAAAACCAAGGUGUCCCUGAAGCAGACCUCCCUUUGGGUAAAUGCGAAGUUUGCUAGCCUGGUGAAAGUGCUGGCAGAGAAACAGGAGUCAAUACUAAGCUUCAUAGAGCAGGAGCAGCAGUUAGCCCUCAGUGAGGCGGAGACUAAUCUCAGCACACUGGAGGACAGAGUCCAGCAGCUGGGAGAGAUCCAGGGGCAGAUAGCUACUCUGCAGGCCAUGACUGAUAUCCAGCUCAUUCAGGAAUCAAGAUUGGUCGAGGUCCCUCAGAUGAAAGACAUUGCUUUGGACGUCCCCACAAACCUACAAGGCAGACUGUCCUUGAUCACCGAUGUCUUGUCUCAAAUUUCCAAGUUGGUCUCGGAAGACCUGGAGAAAGCAGUAAAUGCAGCUAUCGGGCAAGACAAACAAGGCUCACCUCAGGAUAAGCGUCCUGUGCUAGCUGUAGUCCCAAGUCCUGCUACACCUUGUUCUCCAGCAGUCAAAGAGGGACUCAGUGCAUUCCACUGCACCCUCACUUUUGACCCACGCACUGCCAAUGCUAAUCUGCAGCUGUCCCAGGGGAACCGACGAGCAGAGCAUCUCGUCUCGGGCCCCCGCCAGGUCCCCCCACACGAGGCACGCUUUGACACCACCUGGCAGGUGCUGUGCUUCCAAAGUUUCACCCAUGGGCAGCACUACUGGGAGGUAGAGGUGUCCAAGCCGUGGGCCUACUUAGGGGUGACGUACCAGGGGAUCCCACGCAAAGAAAAGGGCAAGCGCUGCAUGGUGGGCAUGAACGAGCUGUCGUGGAGCCUACAGCUGGACGAGAGGCAGCUGAGCGCCUGGCACAAUGGCAGGAGAGAGGCCGUGGCGGGGCACCCUCAGCACCACAGGAUCGGGAUGCUGUUGGACUAUGAGGCGGGGACUCUGACCUACUAUGGGGAUGGCCAAGCCCGCCUGCAUGCCUUUCACUGCGCCUUUUCCCAGGAGUUGUUCCCAGCCUGCUGGAUUGGUGAGGGAGUGAGCAUCACCCUCUGCACACCCUGACAUGAAGACAGCAACCAAUGCAGUGGCAUUGUUCUCCAUUUACAACAAGGACGUUCCCUGUAUCUGUCCCACCCAACCUGCUUCUUAGUGAUGAUGAUGCUUUUUCCCCUGUUGUAAGUCCCCUUGCUGGCUUAGAACCUCGUACUGCUGAAGUCGUGUCAUACGUUGAAGUUUCAGCAUGGCCAUCUUGCAUGACAUUUCUUCUGAGCCAGGAGGAAAUGUGAAGCACAGUUUGAAUAUUUGAUGUUGUACAUGACACUGUGGGAAACUUUAAUUUGCACAAGUCCAUUCUUCAGCACAAGAUGCGGGUAGUUCAUGAUUGUUAGCGUAAUAUGGGUAGGUUGGUAAAGCACAUUACUGCUGCUCAGUAAGACACUAAAGACUUCACACAAAUUUGGUUUAAUAAAAUUCAGUUCACAGUAUUUAAGUCA